AUGGACACUAACAGUACCCCAUUGAGUUCUACCGUGCCUACACCUUUCCAUCCCUACUGGGCCUGGGCCACUCAAGAGAAUGCUGGCUCUCAACCCGUACCUAGCAUCCAAUUUUACGGACCCCAGACAUACCCUCAACAGUCAGUCAACCUCACCGAUCUCCCUCAAAAAGGCCACGAAGCCCCCGAUCCAGAGCUUCUAGAUGGCCAAACCCUACAGCGAAAUCCAGAGAACUGGAGGUUUCCCAGAUUUCCCGAGUCAAAUCCCUCGAUCCCCUGGACGAACGAAAGGGGGUUCCUCAGCUCUCGCAGCAUUUUGCGAACCCAGCAUGUCCAGUCCUACCUCUCCUUUGAAUCCUACAACAGUAAUGCCAUCGCAGCGAGCUUUGUCAGGUCUAAUUUAAACUCCACAAAUGCCACUGAGAUCAAUAUGAGGCCAUGCGGUGGAGAUUCACCGGCGUACUGCGAGCGCCGGCAGGUCUUGAAUCUCAAAGACAGGCAAACUGAAUACUUUAUGCUUCCAGUUCUUCCUACAUCCCCGAAUUCGUACUACCAGCCAUCAGAUCUACCCGUGAUGUCUGGUCGUGAAGAGCGCAGGUAUACCCAACCUUCGCACCUAGAUCAUACCAAGCGGUCAGAGGCGUAUGCCCUUACCCCCAUCGAAGCGACUAAGCAUGCUCCCGGACAACCCUCUAGUCAGUUUGACAAGACCGAUGAGGAAUACCCCUGCCACGUCGGCGAGUCUCGCAUGAACGACGACAUCUUCUGUCAGAUUAUCGAUGCAAAUCUGACGCAAGCUGGGCCUCAGGCAGACUUGAAGCGGUUCCAUUUCUAUCUAAAGUGGCAGCAGUUCACAUUUACUAAUGGAAUAUGGAAGUAG